AUGGCUCCCACUGAGGUCAAGCAGUAUGACUAUAUCGUCAUUGGUGGUGGUAGCGGUGGUAGUGGUAGCGGACGCAGAGCCGCCGGCUGGUAUGGCGCGAAGACAUUGAUUGUAGAAAGUGGUCGCUCCGGAGGUACCUGUGUCAAUGUCGGCUGUGUCCCCAAGAAGAUGACCUGGAACUUCGCCUCCAUCAACGAGACUCUCCACGUCGCCAAGCACUACGGCUACGACGUCUCCGAGAACGUCGACAAGAACUACCGCCACUUCAAGGAAAUCCGCGACUCCACCAUCAAGCGGUUGAAUGGAAUCUACGAACGCAACUGGGGUCGCGAGGGCAUUGAUCUUGUCCACGGCCGCGCCGGUUUCGUCGAGCCCAAGACCAUCGAGGUGACUCUCGAGGAUGGCUCCAAAGCACGGUACACGGCCCCUCACAUCCUGAUUGCGGUGGGUGGACGGCCCAGCAUCCCGGACGUCAAGGGCGCCGAGCACGGUAUCACCAGCGAUGGCUUCUUCGAGAUCGAGGAAUUGCCGCCCAAGAUUGCCGUUGUCGGUGCGGGAUACAUUGCAGUGGAGUUGGCCGGUGUGAUGGGCGCCGUUGGAUGCGAGACGCACAUGUUCAUCCGUGGCGAGACUUUCCUGCGCAAGUUCGACCCCAUGAUUCAGAAGACCAUGACUGAGCGGUACGAGGCCUCUGGCAUCCACAUCCACAAGCAGCACCCUGGUCUCAAGGAGGUGCAGCUCAUCCGUGAUGGUAAGGGCAAGGACAAGCUGCUCAAGCUUAUCUCGAAUGACGGGUCGGAAAUGGAGGUCAACGAGCUCCUCUGGGCCGUGGGUCGCUUGCCCGAGGUUGAGGACCUGAACCUCGAUGUCCCCGGCGUUAAGCUGAACAAGUCCGGCCAUAUCGAAGUCGAUGAAUAUCAGAACACCAGUGUCAACGGUGUCUAUGCUCUGGGUGAUGUGACUGGUCACGCCGAGUUGACUCCUGUCGCUAUUGCCGCCGGUCGCCAACUCGGCAACCGUCUCUUUGGUCCUGACGAAGUUCGCGACUCCAAGCUUUCCUACGAGAAUAUCCCCACGGUGGUCUUCUCCCACCCCGAAGUUGGCACCGUGGGUCUCACCGAGCCCGAAGCCCGUGAGCGCUACGGCGAUGACCAGAUCAAGAUCUACCACACCCGGUUCACAGCCAUGUACUACGACGUGAUGCCAGCCGAGGAGAAGAAGAAGAACCCAACCGAAUUCAAGCUGAUCUGCGCCGGACCGGAGGAGAAGGUUGUUGGCUUGCACAUCCUGGGUCUGGGAGUGGGAGAGAUGCUUCAGGGUUUCGGCGUCGCUGUGAAGAUGGGCGCAACGAAGAAGGACUUUGACAGCUGUGUGGCUAUUCAUCCUACUAGUGCUGAGGAGUUGGUUACAUUGCGUUAG